GCAGAGGCGUAUGUCAUCGGGGAUCCGAAUGAAAUCUAUCCUCUUAUCCGCAGCUUGGGUACCUUGGGAGAGCAUGUUAAGGUCUCAAGUCCAGUAGACCCACACUCACUUUAGCACCCACUCGCUUUCCUUAAAACGCUAUGGCGUCCGUACUUGGAGCUUCUUCAUUAGCUAUCUUGUCUUGCCGUUCCCUUUCUCUUCCUAUUCCUAAGAUCUCCAUUUCUUCUCUAUCCUCCAACCCAGGGCAGACUUGUGGAAAAAGGUUACAUGGAGGAAUUGGAAUUCAUGGAAAGAAGGGAAGGUCUCAGUUCCAUGUGGCCGUUAGCAAUGUUGCCACUGAAAUCAACUCUGUUGAACAGAAACUCGCCACAAAGGAAAGCCAAAGGCCGGUAUAUCCAUUUGCUGCUAUAGUGGGACAGGAUGAGAUGAAACUCUGCCUUCUCCUAAAUGUGAUUGAUCCCAAGAUUGGGGGUGUCAUGAUCAUGGGUGAUAGGGGAACCGGAAAAUCUACGACAGUCAGGUCUUUGGUUGAUUUGCUUCCUGAAAUCCAGGUAGUUGCUGGUGACCCGUACAACUCGGAUCCUGAAGAUCCAGAGUCAAUGGGCAUCGAAGUUAGAGAGGAUAUAAUGAAAGGGGAGAAACUUUCUGUUGUCAUGACUAAAAUUAACAUGGUUGAUUUGCCAUUGGGUGCUACAGAAGAUAGAGUCUGUGGGACAAUUGACAUUGAGAAAGCUCUCACUGAGGGUGUCAAGGCCUUUGAACCAGGCCUUCUUGCGAAAGCUAAUAGAGGAAUUCUUUAUGUGGAUGAAGUUAACCUUUUGGAUGACCACUUGGUGGAUGUUUUAUUGGAUUCUGCUGCCUCUGGUUGGAACACAGUGGAGAGAGAGGGUAUAUCAAUUUCGCAUCCUGCUAGAUUUAUUUUAAUUGGCUCAGGCAAUCCUGAAGAAGGGGAGCUUAGACCACAACUCCUUGACCGGUUUGGAAUGCAUGCACAAGUAGGUACUGUGAGGGAUGCAGAGCUUAGAGUGAAGAUCGUGGAGGAGAGAUCUCGGUUUGACAGAAACCCCAAGGAAUUCCGGGAUUCUUACUUGGCAGAGCAAGAAAAGUUGCAGCAACAAAUUGCAUCAGCUAGGAGUUCUCUUUCUUCAGUUCAAAUAGAUCAUGAUCUCAAGGUGAAAAUCUCAAAGGUUUGUGCAGAGUUGAAUGUUGAUGGAUUGAGAGGAGACAUUGUAACAAAUAGGGCUGCAAAAGCUUUGUCUGCUCUAAAGGGAAGAGAUAAAGUUACUGCAGAUGAUAUUGCUACUGUCAUCCCUAAUUGCUUAAGACAUCGUCUUAGGAAAGACCCUCUAGAGUCAAUAGACUCCGGUUUACUUGUCAUUGAGAAAUUCUAUGAGGUUUUCAGUUGAGGGGAGGUGUUGAAAAUCCUUUUCUCCGUAAUUUUUGUGUAACAGAUUGCUGUUUAGUAUUAAUAUUUCUUCAUUCUGGAUAA